ACUGCUGCUGGCCACGCCCCCAACUCAACGGUUACACUCGCACAUGAAAAUGGCUGAAAACACAUGCCCACUUCUAAGGACGCMCAUCUUUAAAAAGCAUUAAUAUGCCGCAGGUGUUUUCUAAAUGCCCCUGGAGGAUAGUGGAUGACUGUGGAGGGGCUUUCACCAUGGGUGCAAUCGGUGGAGGCGUAUUCCAAGCAGUGAAGGGCUUUCGAAACGCUCCGGCUGGUGUUGGACACAGACUCAGAGGAAGUGUAAAUGCAGUGAGAGUAAGAGCUCCUCAGAUUGGAGGUAGCUUUGCUGUCUGGGGAGGCCUUUUCUCCACAAUUGACUGUGGUUUAGUCCGCCUGAGAGGAAAGGAGGAUCCGUGGAACUCCAUCACAAGUGGCGCCCUGACCGGCGCCAUCCUGGCAGCACGCAGUGGUCCGCUAACGAUGAUGGGCUCUGCAAUGAUGGGGGGAAUCCUGCUGGCGCUCAUCGAGGGCUUUGGUAUUCUCCUGACUAGAUACACAGCACAGCAGUUUCAAAACCCUUUGCCGUUUACAGAAGACCCCAGUCAGCUCCCUCCGAAGGACGGAGACCAGCAGCAGCAGCAGAGAACUAAGGGAUUGUUUCACUAGAUACCUUCUGCAGACGCAGUGAGUCCCACCGCAGUGUACGGAGCAACAUCACUGCUAAGAGGACUUUGAAAAGUAGAUGCACUUUGUUGAAACACCUCAGGGUAAAAUGUUGUGAUUUAGUGUUUAAGAACAAACUUUGAUAUGUAAGAAUCCUUCAGAUAAACAUUAUGUUGUCUUCUUGGGAAGGUUUUGUUUGUUUUGUGUCAUUCCUGUAGUCUCUUCUCCUUAUGGAUUUAUUUAUGUGACAUAUGCUAGAAAUAUUGCAUCUUUCUUGAAUUACUGAGCAUUCAGCUGAUUUUAAUACGAUCCAGUUUUUAGUAUAUUUACAGAGCUGAUCUAUGAGUAAAAAACAUUUUACAGAUCAUCGGGAAAAAUAAAAUAGCAGCCUUUUUUUAUUCAAGCAAAUACUGUGAAAGAUUUACAUUUACAUCUUUUCACCAGAAAGCUUGUUCAAUAAUAUUCAAACAAACUUUACAGGAAAUCGGUUUGGAAAAUGCCAGAAUGUUCUACUGAGCGUUUUAUUUCAAUCAGUGAGCUCCUCACACAGACUGCUCACAUUUAAACCAGAUCCGUUAACAUUUACAUUAAUGCGCYGACGUUAAUGGAGAAAAGUAUUAAUACCUCAACUUUUUCCACUUUCUGUUAUGUUGCAAACGUUAAUACAUGACUAUUCGUUUUGAAAAGUAGCUCGAGCUCAGAGAAACUAACGCAUCCUGCAUCACAUCAAACCAGCUCUUCUAUACGACAGCAUUAGGGCCACGAUAAGAAAAUAUAAAAAAUCACAAGAAUAAAGUCAGAAUAUUACAAGAAUAAUGUCGUUAUUACGUAAAUAAAGUUUCAUAGGAUUAUAACUUUAUUCUUGUAUUAUUUUGAAUUUAUUCUGGUAAUAUUCUGACUUUAUUCUCAUAAUUUUAUUUUUUCAUUUUCAAUUUUUCCUCACUAAAGCCCUGAUUCUCUGUCGUAUGUCCCAGAUUUUUUUUUUUACUUACAAAGAAAAUUUAAAGCCAUUUAUCCUUUUUCUUCUUUUUAACAUCUAUCCACUGUUAAAUGUUUUGCUAUCACUUACAAUCCUAUUAAAAUACGGCAAUCAUUAAGUUAGUAACAAAACAGAAAAGUAAAAAAGUUAAAGGGUAUAAAUACUUUAACAAGAUGCUGCGUGUGAAGGAUUUAAAACAAAUCAAGUAAUCGUCUUUCUGAACUGAUUUGAGCACCAAAUUCAGUGUUUUGUGACGUCGCAUCUUGUUUGCUCAGCAGGUUUUAUGAUGAAGUCUUGAUCUGACUCUGUUUUGUUUUCUGUAUGUAAAUGUCAGCUAUCGAUGCUAAUGAACGUCUGUUCAAAUUAUGCCAGCAUCAUUUCACUCUGCGCAGUGAAACGUCGUGUUGCAAUAAGGAAAAAUCAAUAUUGAUGUUAAACGGCUGUUUUAUCUGCUGCAAUCA